UUCACGCACGCGACCGGCGAGGUUAGAUGCGAUUUAUGGUCGGGUGCUCGUGGGCAAGCGAUUGAAUUUGCGAGUUUUUAAAUUUUGAUAGUCCACACACAGAUAAUAACCCGAGAGUUUCGAAAAUGGAGUCAUUAGCGACGGGAAAUUUAACUGGUUCGCAGCGAGACGAGUUGAUGCAGCAAGUGAAGCAACAAAUAGCGGUCGCCAAUGCCCAGGAAUUGCUCACGAAAAUGACGGAAAAAUGUUUUAAAAAGUGCAUAGGCAAACCGGGUACCUCGCUGGACAGCUCGGAACAGAAAUGUAUAGCAAUGUGCAUGGAUCGCUACAUGGACUCAUUUAACCUUGUAUCAAAAACAUAUAGUGAACGACUCCAAAGAGAACGCAACAGAAUGUAAAUAUAGAAAUUUGUGGAAAUAUAUUGUUAUUUGUUAUCCACAUUGUAAUUUAAUAGCACCAUAACAGUAUAGUAUUCUUUAAUAAUAUGAAAAUGCAUUUUUUGUACAUGGCCAGUAAAAUAUAUCAUAUCUUGAUAUUUAUACUUGACAUUUAUACUUUUCUUACUAAUGGAAUUUAAUACAUUAUCAUUGUAA